AAUGAAUUUUGGAUUGUAGUCAACAACACUUCCUAAUACAUAACCUAAUACAUAAUAGCCAUAAUCAAUAUUUGGUUAGCGUAAUUCGAUUAUUAUAAUAUAGCGCAAACAUUACCACCAGCAAACUAAACACAAUAAGGAUUAUUGCCUUAACCAUAAGUUACUCAAUAAUUGUAACCAUAAUAGCUUACAACUACAAAUGUGUAACCUCCUAUUCAAGCACAAAAGAAAAGUGAAUUUGAGAACCUUGUUAAAUAUUAUAAGGAAAAGCCAGAAUUGGUAAUUAUGAUUGGCUUAAUUUUCAUAGACAAAAUAAUAGGAAUUGCAAUUAUUUGUGUAGCAAACCAAAUAUUUAAAAAAUAGAAUUUAGAAAAAAUUCUAAAAGCAAAUUAAUGUUAAACAAACUUAAUGUAAUAUUUAAAUAAUUAUAUUAGAUUUAUUGGUUGACACUCUUAGUUAAAAGGUGUGUUAAUUAUUUCAAAAAUUUAACUUGAAUGAACGUAAUUUAGAAUACACAAAGAAAGAUGAAUUAUAAAGAUUAAGUUAAAGAAUCAAAGCAGAUUAAGAGAAACAAAACUUAUUGUUUUAAUCUUAACUUAAAGUCAAAGAAUUAUAUUCACAAUAGGUAUCAAAUUAUUUGGAUCUCAAUAAUAAAUUUUAAAUGAAUAAAAAUGUAAUAAUCAAAAUUAUCAUUUAUAGAUGAUAAAUUCAAUUUAGAAAAAAGAAGCUCUUACAUAGAGUAGAUAGACAAAAGAAUUAAUAAAUUUAUUACAUGAAAAUAAAUCAGAUCAAGUUUAACCAAAAUCUGUUUCUAUUAAAUCUAUUUCAUUUAACACACAUAAUCAAAUCAUUAUUGAAAAAUUAUUUAUGGAAUAAGAAUUUUAUUAAAAAUUGGAGCAAUUUUUAGAAUUCUAAAAAUCUAUAAAAUUAAAUGACACUAUUGAUAAAACAGAUUAUUAUGAAUCUUUGUUUUAAUGUUUUGUUAAUAUCUAAAGUGAUCAUAAAGAUAUUAUGAGAUUAUUGUCUCUAUAAUUUAAAGGAAUAUAAUUUCAAUCUGAUACAAUUCAAAAGGAUCUUCUCUAGAAUUCAAUAAGAUUAUUAGAAACUGAAAUGAGUAAAAGAAUAGGUGUUUUGGAUUUAGCUAAUAUUAAUUGUAAUUUAUAUUUUAUUAUAUUUAGAGAAAUUUAAAGAUAUUUACUAUGAUAUAUUAAUUAAAGGUUUAAAUAUUCAAAGAGUAGGUUAAUAUUAUCCAAGUGGAAUUUUAUUCUUAUUAAUGAGAUGUGGAUAAUUAAAAUAAGCAAAAUCAAUUAUGUUUUAAUUUGCUAAACAUUAAAAAUAUUAAUUAUUUUUUGAACUUUUGGAAAAUAGAAAGUAAUUUUUUUUUAAAUAUUUAGUGAAACAAAUCAUUAAAAAAUAAAAAUGCUUGAUUAAUUUUGUGAUGAUGAUUUAUUUGAAUAAUGUUAUUUGAUUGCUUUCGAUUCAGGAUCAGUAUCAUAAGUCUUUGAAAAUCAACAUUUUCCAUAGGAUUAAGAUUUAUUCUUUUGGAUGACUCUAAAAACAACUCAUAUUUUAAAUGAAGAUGAAGGUGAUAAUUGGACAUUAUAUGAUUUAUAAGAUGCUAUUCCAAGAAAUAUUGGUUAUAAAAUGGAUAUACUUUUGCAAAGAUAUGAAGAAGUCUUAAAAGAAAUAUACAAUUCAUCAGCUUCUUUAGUUUCUAAAUUAGAAUACUUCACAUUAUUCUUUAUUAUUCAAUCUCUCAUAGGAAUAUAAAAUGAAAGUACAAUAUUAGAAUUGAAUUUAAUUUUAAAUGGAAUUUUAGGAUAAGUAUUUGAAAAAUACCCAGAUAUUGGAGGAUUAUUAAUAAUACUUACUGAACCUAAUUUAUCAUAAGCAAUUGAUAAAAUUUAGGCAGAAAUGAUAAAAUAUAAAUAUGGAGUUGAAGUAUUUUAGAAUAAAAAAUUCUUUGAAAAUUUUGAAAAUAUGUUUGGAGACAAUCAAAGAACACAAGAUUUUAUUGAAUCUAUAGUAUAAGAACAGUUUUAAUAAAAUCUUCUUGAAUAUCAUAAAGAUUUUAUUGAAAAUAUAAUCAAAGGAAAUAAUAUUGUAAUAUAUAUACAUUUAUUUAGAAUGAAUUACUUACAGCACAUAAAGCAUUUAUUAACAAUAUAGAUAUGAGGAUGGAAGAUCUUAAGAGUUAUUUAGAAUUCAGAAAAACAGGAUUUACACAUUUAGCUAUGAAUUUAUACUACAUAUCUGGUAUAAUAUUAUUGACAACUGAAUGUUAAUUCAAUUUGAGGGCUCAAGAAUUAAAAUUUAUUUAAAGUGCUACACCUAAAUUUCUUGUUAAAAACAAUAACAAUCCUAAAUAAUAUUAUAAUCUAUUUUCAACAAUAUAUUAGAUUGCUAUGUCCAAUAAUAGAGAAAAGCAAACUUUUGAUUUGUUGUAAGCUUUUAACUUUUUGAUUCAAUCAAGUAAAAUUGAAUAAUUCAAUGAAAAUAAAUUUAAAUAAUAUUUACUCUAAAUUGAUAUUUCAAAAUUAACAAAGAUUUUAUUAACUAAUAAAUAGUUAUAUUUAUUGAAACUAUUUUUUUGGAUGAUAGAUAUAACACUUGAGAUUCAUGAUAAAAAGAUAGAUGAAUAUAAGUAUAUAUACAUAAUAUUUACAAUAGAAAUAUGAAAGAAACAUAUUAAAGACUGAUAAAUAAUAAAUCAUAUCAAAAUAUUGUUCUAAACUCUUUAUUUUUAAUAAACAGAGAAGUAGAUUUACAUUUUUAAGAUUUUAAAUUAAUGCCAAAAUGA